AUGAACCUGCACGGGAACGUAUCGGAGUUGAUCUCAUCUGCUGUCAAAGCUGUAACUAUUCCGCCCUUUAACCCUGAACCUUGGCUUCCCGGGUCAGAGGGACUUCUGGGAAAUGGAGGCAGGAAUUUUUCAAACGGGUGUAACAGGAAUGAAGACGCCGAUGUGAAUUACUUUCCAUCAGGCAACUGGACUCAUGGCGUCAGGGGUUACAGUGAGGAAGGGAGGAUCCUGGCAUCAUCGCUGUGUGCAACGGGGAUGAUGGCAGUGGACAAGAACUGGGCAGCGUUGCUGAUCCUGGCGGUCAUCGCCGUUACGGUGACGGGUAACAUCCUGGUUAUCAUGGCUGUGUCUCUGGAGAAGAAGCUCCAGAAUGCCACCAACUAUUUCCUGAUGUCGCUGGCCGUCGCUGACAUGCUUCUGGGCAUCCUGGUUAUGCCCGUCUCCAUGGUCACCAUUCUCUAUGACUACUGGUGGCCCCUGCCCUCUGACCUGUGCCCUGUCUGGAUCUAUCUGGAUGUGCUGUUCUCCACAGCCUCCAUUAUGCACCUGUGUGCCAUCUCUCUGGACCGCUACAUUGCCAUCAGAAACCCCCUCCACCACAGCCGCUUCAACUCCCGAACCAAGGCCCGCCUCAAGAUCAUGGCUGUCUGGACCAUCUCUGUGGGUAUCUCCAUGCCCAUCCCCGUCCUAGGCCUGCGGGACCACACCAAGGUGUUUAAAGAGGGCAGCUGCUUGCUGACAGACGACAGUUUCGUUCUGGUGGGCUCCUUCGUGGCCUUCUUCGUCCCCCUCACCAUCAUGGUGGUCACCUACUUCCUCACCAUCAGCGCCCUCCAGAACGAGGCUACCCUCUGCCUGGACCAGCUGGUGCCCCGGCCAAAGAGGAUCGCCACCCUGACCCUGGGCUUCCUCCCGCAGGGCUCACUCUCCUCAGAGAAGCUCUUCUUCAGGCGUUCGCUCAGCCGUGACACGGGAGGGGUAGGAGGAGGGGUCGGCGGGGCCGGUGUGGACCCGCGGUACGGGCGUCGCACCAUGCAGUCAAUCAGCAACGAGCAGAAAGCCUCCAAGGUCCUGGGAAUGGUCUUCUUCCUGUUCGUGGUCAUGUGGUGUCCCUUCUUCAUCACCAAUGUGUUGGCGGUGGUGUGCGACCCUGUGAACUGUGAUCCGGGGGUGAUGGGGGGGCUGCUGAAUGUGUUUGUGUGGGUGGGAUACCUCUCCUCAGCCAUCAACCCUCUGGUGUACACUUUGUUCAACAAGACGUACCGUGCAGCCUUCUCCCGCUACGUACGCUGCCAGUACAGCCCGGAGAGGAAGCCUCUGCAGCUCAUACUGGUUAACACCAUCCCUCCGCUGGCCUACAACUCCACCCACCUGCCCCUGGAGGAAAUGGGGUCCCUUGGGAAUGGGGUCCACAGCGGUGGAGGACCCAGGGACUCCCUACGAAACCUUGUGAGGACCAAAUCAAACUCAGACAAACACAAGGCAACCAGGGACAAAGAUGAGAGCAUCAGCUGUGUGUGA